GUCUGGGAAGGGGACCUCAUGAGUAAAGGACUAGCAAAGGAGAGGUGCUUGGAAUUUUAUAGGUAUGAAAAGGGUAGGUGUUAGUCUUUGCUGGACAAAGUUCUGUCUGAGUCACACAGGAGGCUGCUUUGUCCUCUGACUCAUGAAGUUGUAGGGAUUUGUGAAAAUCCGUCAAGUUCGAGUUCUGAGAGGGGAAGGCCCAUGCCAACUUGGCUAUAACCUGUGUCCAUAUAUCAUGAACUCCUUUCCAAAACUGAUGCUUGCCCCCCUUGGGGAUAAUCCCAGUUACAGGAAAGUCCUGGGGAAAUCUGAGGGUCUGCACCACCCGUGGACACAAAGCCAGCUCAUGGAAUGUGCACACCACAGGUUUCAAAAGUCUUGUAGCAUGAGGCUGAGCCCGCCCAGAAGUCCGGGUGUCACAGAGCCAAAGCCUCAACCCUUCCAUCAAGGGGACCACUCCAGAGGCCAAGUCUAGUAGACCGGGGCGGGGGAGGGCUCUGCUAAAUGAAACCCUUCAGGACCAUGCAGGCAGCCAGCCUUCCAUACAACCCAGCCAAUGCCACCACCCUGUCAUUGGAGAAAGGCAGACCAGAUGGGAGCCUCACUCCGCCCUUCUCCCGUCCCCCACCCUCCUCUGCCUUGCACACAACAUAUAGCAUCGAGCACUUGGCCUGAGAAGUGUGCUGCCUGAGAUUUGGUCUCCGUGAGGAGAAUGCAGCCUCAAGGAACCAUCUUUGUGGCUCUUCCCCACCUGGGGCCCAUCCUGGUCUGGUUGCUCACCCGUCGAACGUCUGGUUGGUACGACAGCCCAAAGAAGCCACCCUGGUGCCCACCUCACAAGGUCUUGAUGGCAGGGUGGAUAACCAUCUACUUUGUCAUAGGCUAUGCCUCCUACCUGGUGUGGAAGGACCUGGGAGGGGGCUUUGGGAGGCCCCUGGUCCUGCCUCUCGGCCUCUAUGCUGUGCAGCUUGCCAUCAGCUGGACUGUCCUGAUUCUCUUUUUCGUAGCCCGCACCCAUGGUCUGGCCCUGCUGCACCUGCUGCUGCUCUACGGGCUGGUGGUGAGCACAGCGUUGAUCUGGCAUCCCGUCAACAAGCUGGCUGCCGUGCUCCUGCUGCCUUACCUGGCCUGGCUCACCGUGACCGCUUCCAUCGCCUACCGCCUGUGGAGGGACAGCCUCUGUCCAAGCCAGCAGCCUCAGCCCAGUGGGGAGAAGAGCGACUGAGGCACCAGGGACAGGAGAGGAGGGAGGAUGGCCAGGGUAGGGGUAGAAGAGAAUGGCAAGGAGGGCUGUGGAGCUAUUCUGGAGAGAGGGAAGGUGGGGGGCCAGGGAGCGAUGAAUCCCUAGAGACGACUCGGCCCAGCGUGGUCACCGUCCCGGGUCCCCUGGUGCCAAUUUUCAUUCGAUUUCAGAAAUGGGAAGAAAGGGAAGAAACUUAUUUUACACUUAAUAUGAAUUAAUUAAUCCUGCACUAAUAAAUUAAUUUAGUGAUAUCAA